AUGUCCUUUCCUAUUGAUCUAAAGAUUUCUAAUACAGCUCUAUGGGUCGUCCUGUCCAUCAUUUCUGUUCAGUUACAUUAUGCAAAGGAGUUUUCCUGGCCCCAAACCAGGGGGCACCAAGCUGAUUUUAACCUUACUCACCCAGGUAGACAAUCAAUGACAAGAAGUAUUAAUCUGAAACCAGAGAUAUGGAAAGAUCAAAUAAAACGUCGGAUCUGCGAAAUUAUUCGUUGCAAUGGACGGAGUGUUCAGAAGAAAAACAACACUUCAAACAAUAUCAUCUUCACUCCUUUGAGGCCCCCAGCAUUUGACAAAAAAGAUGUUGAAAUUGUCAGACCUCCGGUGGUGAAACCAAAACCAGUAUUCUCAAGUCCAUCAGACACAACGACGGACCCAAAGUGUAUGAAAUUUAAAGUUCCAAAUGAGUACUUUGAGGAAGACGUUGAUGUACUUGGAGCAGAUAUUUAUAUUUAUUUUAAAGUUAAAACAAAAUCAAAACGCCGUAAAAGAACGAGACGUGUUGUACUAAAAGUUUUUUCCUUACAAGUUGGUACUAAACGAAAGCAAAACGUUGCAAAACUAAAAGUAAGACCAAACGACACAGCAUGGUAUAAAGUGUCCUUACCAUUGUCUGUCACAAAAAACGCCGAAACUGUGCAGAAUAAAACUCUUUCCAUGUGCAUAGACUGUAAAAGAUGCAAUAGUCGAACAAAAAUUACAUUUCCAUUAAAAGUUCAUCCUUCUCGUCGGAAGCGGAAGAAGCCCAGGCGAAAUAAAGGCAAUAAGAAGAGAAAACAGCGACGUCACACAAACAAGAAGAGGAAAAAGAAAGCGAAAAAGUUGCAAGUUCAUAGACCAUUUCUCAUUUACAGAUUUAGACAUUAUCAUCGAUCAAAACGAAAUACUGACGAUUGUUCAUUAGUGAAUAAUACUCAGAACUGCUGUAGACAUGAGGAGUUUGUGUCUUUUUCUGACUUGGGGUUUGAACAAGAUAUUCUAUUCCCUGCUGGGGUUUCGUACUCCUCGUGUGUUGGAGGCUGUGAUAGUUUUACCCAUCAAGGUCCCCAAAAUCACAGCAGUACUUUUUUGCAGAACUCUAGUCUUGAAAAUCCUACAUGUGAAGUCAUUGACUCUCAAGAAACAAAUACGUUUAUUGUUUUACGCGACCGUAUAGGGAUUCUAACACUGAAGAACGCAAAUGUGUUGAAUUGUGGAUGCGUGCGUAGUAUAUAAAAUGAUAUAUAUUUAGUUUAGUAAAUCGGACAGCUGUUGGA